AUAAAUAAAGAAAAUCUGUAGAAGAAAAAAAAAAAAAAUGAGAGCUCUUUUGUGCUCACACAAUUUACUACCAUUAUCAUCUCUCUCAAGAACAACUGUAAACACUAAACCUCAGAAUCCAAAAACCCUAAUAUCUAACAACAGACCAAGAUGGGAAUCCAAGCUCCACGCUGGACCCAAGGGGUUUCAAUCUACUAAAAGCUCUGAAAACCCCGGCCGGCCAGACCCGGACCCGGAAGACGACGACCCGCCGAUACCUCAAGAAGUGUUCGAGAGGAUGAUGGGAAGGAUUGUAGUGUCUGUGGGAACACCUUUGGGCCUGGGAGUGGCAAUCUUGAAAAUACUCGAGGUUGUGAAAGAUAGACACGUCUGGGACGUGCCUUUGUGGGUUCCAUUCUUGACCACACUCGUGACCUUUGGUUCGUCUGCUCUUGGGAUUGCGUACGGAAGCUUGUCCACAAACCUGGACCCGACCAAGACUAACUCUGUUUUCGGACUCAAAGAGGCAAAGGAGAAUUGGGUAGAGAUGUGGAAAGAAGACUAGUGAUGGUAAUGUCUUAAUGAUAUUAAUGUUGAUGUUUUAUAUUUUUUAUUUUUGUCUCUUGGGACUUGCGGGGUACAUAAAUUAAUCUUUAGUCAUCUGUUUUAAUAUGUACGUCUGGUUUGAACUAGAAUCGUGUCACGAAGUGGUGUUUGGUCUGGUGACUUAUUUGCUUCCCUGAGAUCGAAUGUUGCCUA